AUGCCCAAAGCCAUGGGGGGUGUUGUGCGCCCCUCGGGGGAUGAGGAGCCUAGCAUGGCACGAGCUGUGGUCCGCAGUGUGGGGGGCUUUACCCUGGGCUUGUCCUUGGCCACGGCCUAUGGGCUUCUGGAACUACUGGUAGAAGGGCACAGCCCCUGGGGCUGCCUGGUAGGCACCCUCACUUUGGCUGCCUUCCUUAGCCUGGGCAUGGGAUUCUCCCGCCAGGUCCGAGUGACUGUCUUCCUGAUGCUGCCCCAGGCCUUCUCCAACCAGGGCCAGACACUGCUGUUGGUGGCUGCCUUUGGAGUGGUGCUACAAGGGCCUUGUGCCAACACCCUGCGCAACUUCACCCGGGCCAGCGAGGCUGUGGCCUGUGGGGCAGAGCUAGCCCUGAACCAGACUGCCGAAGUGCUGCAGCGGGCCAAGCAGCCCCUUGUCAGUGCUCUGAACAAAAUUAAAGCUAUUGCCCAGAAGGCCAAAGAGGUGGCUGACCGGGUCCGUAAGUUAUUUCGGUCAAUCAUGGAUGGUGUGAAGCAUGUAGCCAGGGCCCUUCGGAACGUGUGGUAUUGGCUCCUGCACAUCGGCGACGUGUGCAACUCGGAGCUGGGCAAUCCUUACUCGAAAUGCGCACGGGUUUUCGAUGACGCCAAGGACAGCUGCAUGAAGGUCAUACCACAAGCCUACCACCUGUGUUACGUGCUCAUGCCCUUCAAACUGGUGCUCUGUGGACUUGCCAGCGUGGUCCAGGUGUUCUGCGUCAUCCCCAAGUACAUCCAACCUUUCUUGCGCAAGACCAUUGGCACCCCUGUGAUGAAGUUGAUUAACCGGGUGCGUCAGGAGUUUGAAUUCAACAUGACAGCCACCCACCACUUCUCUGUGGACCUCAAUGCCUCUCGGAGCCUGUCACAGGUAGCUUUGGACCUGCAUGAGGCUAUCAGCAUGAAGCUGCUCCGCGCCCGGGAGGCCCUGGCUCUGCUGGGCUAUGCCACACCUCUGUUGCUCGUGCUUCUCUACCUCCAAGCCCUGUUUUACCGCUACUGUUACCUGAACUGGGACCAUUACGACAACAUCUACAUCACCAGCCAGUUCCUGCGCAUGGAGACUGUCCGCUCCAAGGCAGGAUUGCCCACAGUGCUACCACUCAGUGCUCAUGAGGCCACACACUACAUCCAGCCAGGCUCCAUCUUCUUGUCCCGAUGGGAGCAAAUUUUCUGUGUCCUGAAGACCUUCAACCUUAUCCGACACCUCCUCCUCAUGCUGUUCCUGGUCUUCCUGGACUAUGCUGUCUUUUGGGUUCUAGACCUAGCCCGGUACCAGCUGCAGGGGGAGAUCGUGGCCCGCAGCCCUGUGUUGGUAUCUAUAACUGUAGAAGGGACUGGCUAUACUGGGAAUAUUUACCGUGACCUGGUGUCAGCAUUUGAUGUCCUGCAGCAAGGCAACAUCAGCAUCUUGUCCCAGCGCUGCCUCCUGCAUCCCUUGGAGCCUGACGCCACUGGUUACCUAGUCAUCGGCAUCAUGUACGGCCUGUGCUUCUUCGUCACUGUGUUUGGCAGCUAUGUCAGUCGGCUGCGGCGAGUCAUCUGUGCCUCCUACUACCCAUCCCGGGAGCAGGAGAGGAUCGUCUACCUCUACAACGUACUUCUAAGCCGCCGAACCAACCUGUUGGCUGCUCUAAGCAGAACUGUGAGGCGGCGGGCAGCUGACCAGGGCCACACAAGUGCCCUCCAUGUGCUGGCCAGCCGGUGUCCCUGCCUGGGUUCAUUUGUCAGCCACUUUUGGCCGCAUCGGGCCUACUGCCUGGGCUGUGGGCAGCCCCAGGAUGAGGGGGACAUGGAGAACUUUGUGUCCUGCAGUACCCCAGGCUGCCGAGGUCUCUACUGCCUUGACUGCUUCCGCCUCCUAAACAGCACCUGCUCUGUGUGUGCAUCUCCCCUCUCCUACCAGGGGGACCUGGACCUGGAGCUGGACUCUAGUGACGAUGAGAGCCCCCAGCUAUGGCUGGCUGCAGCUCGAAGAAAGGACACUGAGCAGGAGUGGUUACUGCAGCAACUGUUGGAAGAAGCACUGGACAAAAGCCUCUCGAUGGAGUCUAACUCCAAGAUCAGUUACCUGGAUGAGAAGGGGCCUCAGCAGAGGACGCACUGGCAGCAGACCUCACCUGAAGCCCAUCAAUCUGCCAGCAUUCCCAAGAUCCCUGAGCCCCACACACUACCUCAGGAACUCUCUGCCCACAAAGCAGUCCCCUCCCCAGCUUCAGAACCCCCAGUCCUGCUGUCAGCUCCCUUUCCUGUUGAUCCCUCCAACCCACCUCAAAAAUAA